AUGGAAAAAUAUGACAAUCUGGGAAUGGUUGGCGAAGGAAGUUACGGAAUGGUGAUGAAAUGCAGAAAUAAAGAAACGGGGCAACUGGUUGCAAUAAAGAAAUUUCUAGACAGUGAGGAGGACAAGUUGGUUAAGAAGAUUGCUGCCAGAGAGAUAAAAAUGCUGAAGCAACUCAGGCAUGAUAAUCUGGUGAAUUUGCUAGAAGUCUUUCGGAGAAAAAAACGCUUAUAUUUGGUAUUCGAGUUUGUUGACCACACUGUGUUGGAAGACCUGGAAAACAACCCCAAAGGGUUGAGCGAAAUAACAACUAAAAAGAUUCUGUUUCAAGUAGUGCGCGGCAUAGAAUUCUGCCAUGUUCACAAUAUUAUUCACAGAGAUAUAAAACCAGAAAAUGUGCUUGUCAGCCGGAGCGGUAUUGUAAAAUUAUGCGAUUUUGGAUUUGCUCGAACACUGGCUGCUCCGGGUGAGGUGUACACAGAUUACGUUGCUACCAGAUGGUACCGUGCUCCAGAGCUUCUUGUGGAUCUGUUUAUCUUCAUGUUAAUAAUUUCGGCCUUAUUGUUUAACGAGUUUCAUUUUACUUGCUCCAUAUUUGUGAACAAAAUUACACUUUUCGUUAGAUUAAAGCCGAAAAUUGUAAUUUCAAAGAAGGAAAACAUUCCAAGUGAACACAUUGUUACAAAGAAAGAAACAGAAAAGGAAAGAAGUUACAAAGAAGUACAUCAUAAAUGA